CCAGAGAUGACCAUCUGGAGAGGCCAGUUCCUCUUGGGAAUGCAACUCCUCUCCAGAAAGCAGCUCACCUCCUCCUGCUCACUAAGCCUCCUGAGGGCUCUAAGUGAGUUCCAAGUUCCAGCCAGGAGCUGCUGUGAAGACAGCCUGUGGGACCAUGACCACCCUCUUUCCCGAGAACAGCCUCUCAGCCAGGCAGUCGGCCUCCUUCAUCCUGGCAAAGAGAAAACCACCCAUCGACAAGACGGAAUGGAAUAGCUUCUUUGACGAGAACGGCUACUUGGCCAAGUCCCGGGACUUCAUUUGUGUUAACAUCCUGGAGAGGGGCCUGCACCCUGGAGUCAGAACAGAGGCCUGGAAGUUCCUCACCGGCUACUACUCGUGGCAGAGUUCCCAGGACGAGCGGCUAACAGUGGACAGCACGAGGAGGAAGAACUAUGAGGCCCUGUGCCAAAUGUACGAGAAGAUUCAGCCCCUCCUGGAGAACUUGCACCAGAAUUUCACCAAGACUCAGAACAACAUUGCAUGUGACAUCCAGAAACUCUAUGACAAAGACCCACUGGGCAACAUCCUGGUGGACAAGAAGAGGCUGGAAAAGAUCUUGCUGCUGAGCUACGUGUGCAACCCCCAGGCAGAGUACCAGCAGGGCUUCCACGAGAUGGUGAUGCUCUUCCAGCUCAUGGUGGAGCACGACCACGAGACCUUCUGGCUCUUCCAGUUCUUCCUGCAGAAAACGGAGAACAGCUGCGUCAUCACCAUCGGGGUGGGCAAGAACCUGGACAUGCUCAGCCGCCUCAUUGCCAUCCUGGACCCCACAUUUGCUGAGCACCUGAAAGGGAAGGGCGCAGGGGCAGUGCAGGCCCUCUUCCCUUGGUUCUGCCUCUGCUUCCAGCAUGCCUUCAAAUCCUUUGAUGAUGUCUGGCGGCUCUGGGAGGCUCCCACCCCACCCCCUCAGGUCCUGCUGACCGGGAAGCCCUGCCGGAACCUGCAGGUGCUGGUGGCCUAUAGCAUGCUACAGAUGGUGCGAGAGCAGGUGCUGCUGGAAGGCAUGAGUGGUGACGCCAUCCUCCUGGCCUGCAACAACCUCAUUGAUCUUGAUGCCGAUGAGCUCAUCUCUGCAGCCUGCAUGGUUUAUGCUGAGCUCUUCCAAAAGGAUGUCCCCCAGCCUUUGAAAGAGUUCUUUCUCUGAAGACACCAUGUCUGUGAUGAAAGGUGCUCCCGAUGGACAGGAUGACCUUGAAUGACAAAGUCAGGACCAAUUGGGAUAGGGUGUGAGGA